AUGUCUACCUUCUCAUCUAAAUCCACACUCGAGCCCGGGUUUGAGCCUGAUAUGCAGAAGUGCAAGCUCGAAUCUGACUCUGAGUCUGAUUCCGAGUUUGCACUUGAACCGUUCCACAAGUUUUUUCUAGACUGGCUCCUGGUCCAGGAGCGGGAUCUCCAGGAGCUCAAAACCAUGGUCAAAACUCACUCCGAGUCCGAGGACUCGGAGUCGACUCAACGUCUCAAGGAGCUCGUAGACCGAGUCAUGAGCCACUACGAGGAAUUUUACCAGGCCAGGGCCAAGUCGAUCAAGGAGAAUGUCCUCCUUGUGCUAACCCCAGACUGGCUAUCGAAGCUCGAGGACGCCUUUCUUUGGAUCGGAGGGUGGCGACCCACGACGGCGGUGCAUUUGCUGUACUCCAAGGCCGGGUUGCAGCUCGAGGCACGGCUGAUGGAGGUACUUAACGGUGUCAACCCGGACGACCUAGGAAACCUCUCAGUCAGUCAACUCGUCCGAGUUAACCAGGUACAAAUGCAGACGAUCGCUGAGGAGAGGAAGUUGACUGAGGAACUAGCUUCCCACCAAGAGACUCUGGCUGACGACUCCAUGGUUGAGCUAUCAGAGAAAUACGCCGACUUACUGAGUGAGGCGGUGGAUACUGAGUCUGAUUCGGUGCAACAACGAGUUCACACGACCUUGGUACCUAAGGAGCACGGGUUAGAGGACAUUUUGAGGAAAUCGGAUGAUCUACGGCUUAGAACGCUCAAAAACGUUGUGGACAUUUUGAGCCCAAUCCAGGCCCUUCAUUUCUUGAUUGCUGAUACCCAGCUUCAUCUCAGGGUUCAUGAGUGGGGAGUAAAUAACUUAAGGAAUGAGAUAUGUAACCUGACAAUCCAGAGUCAAAAACUUAACCAGGAACAGAUGAGUCGCUUAGGUGGUGAACCCAAGUAUAAAAACAAAUAUAAUGGAACACAAGUUGUCCUCUCAAUAUCUUCCCCCUUUGGAAUUAUCAAAAAGGGAGUAGGGAAAAACGCCGAACCAAAGGAGAAGAAGAAGAAGGAGGAUAUGGGAAUCAUAUUACCCUAG